GGUGUUAACUAUAAAGCAAAUGUGAAUGCUUAAUGAUGGAUUUACUCCAUUUGCAGAGGACUAUAUGUGUUUCUGUUCAGUUUUCAUGGAUUAAAAAUUAAAUAGCAUGUGCAACCUUCAUGUUAUCACAGAAAUGUCUUUUGACACUCCUACACAAAAGUUUGGGUAUCUUGAUAUCAAGCAAUCUUCUAAAGUUAAGGGCAGAAAACUGAAGUCAUGGCGUCGACGCUGGGUAGUCCUGACUGUGAUGAACAAUUUAUCAAGUGAUAAAUACGCUGCGAAGCUAGAUCUUUACGACACCGAAGCCAAAUGGCGCGGCCAGUCCGCUGACAAAGUCACCUUCAUGCUAGAAAACGUGACCUGCAUCCAGACGGCCAAGUCCAAGACUCACCACAACGCCUUUGAGAUUGUGGAGAGCCUCCCAGUAUUGGUGCUGAGCGGCUUCUCUGACCUGGAGUCUUACAGCUGGAUGCUGACCCUGCAGCAGAUCUUCACCCCUGACCAGAUUGAGACAAACAAAGACACCUACCAAGUUUCUGUGUCUGCCAAUGAAUACUCCAAAAAAUGGAGUUUAACAGCUGACUACACCAUGACUGUGUCGCCCACCUGCAUCAGCCUAGUGGACACUCACAAGACGGUCAUCAGCUGGGGGCUCAGCACCUUGAUGAGGUUUAAUGUGGAGAAGAACCAGACCACUGGAGUCAUGAAUGUGUUGGUCAUUGAAUGUGGACCUAAUUCACCAACUGGACAAAGCUGCUUUCGGUUCAUUUGUGAUGAGGCUCAAAACAUCCUCAGCGCCAUCAGGCAAUCAAUUUGCCUGGCUCUUGCACAAAAGCAGAAUGCCAGGAAAACAGUUCCGAGGAGCAGAGCCAUUUCUGUCACAGGAAGUGAGAAAAGCUUCCAGCAUCUCCUGGACAACCACCCCAUGUUUGUGGACCCUUCAAGAGACCGGUCAGAGUCUGAUAGUUCCAGCUCAACCAACGGCACCCACCUCGGGUCAUCCCCAACUCUGGGUGGCUCCUCCGCUUCUAAAUCAGAAAGUAACUCCAGCAGUGGCCUUUUUAUGAGGCAUCCGAGUUUUAUAGACCAAACCUCUGUUAAUGGUAGGUCAGGCUCUGAGCUUGAGUCCUUAGUGGAAAGCGAUGAGCACUCUCAAAGUGCCGAUGUGGAGAGUAAUAAUUUUGGCUCCACCUAUGCCAUUUUUGACAAUCUUGAUGUCAAACACAGACGUCAUUCGUCUUUAAAAAACAAGUCUACAAAAGACGGCGGUUAUACUAUAAUUAAAGAUGUGGAAGGUAGGUCGAAACCUAGGAGCAAUACUUUCACUUCCCUCACUCAAAUCCUGCCCAAUCAAAGCAGUGAUCAGAAUAAAGGGGCAAACAUAUCAACAAAUUUACUUUUUGACAGUUUGAAUUCUUUAAACAAACCUGCCAAGUCUGUUAGCUUUGUUGACAAGAGUGAGGAGAAGGCUGAUGAUUUUUUCCCUUUCGCCACCAUGACAUUUCCUAGAACACUGAAUAAACUGACCCAGGAAACUAACCAAACUCACAACUCUACACUCAAAGAUCCAGGGUCUCAAUUACUAUCUGAUUUAAAUAGAAAACGAGCCAGCAGCACUGGAGAUUUAAAAGCAUUGGCUAAAAAUCGGAGCGCACAAGGAAAGACAGAAAAUGAUUAUGAAGAACUGGAUGAACUGAAAUCUUCAGUGCGUAAAAUGGCAAAACAAAAGAAAAGUGACUCACCUCCUGCCUUGCCUGCACGUCCAUGCUCCAAAAGUUUUAUCAGCCAAAAGACACAAAGUUUAAACAGAAAUCAGGAUGAAAAAUCACCCAGAAAUGUUUUUCAUUUGUUUUCUCAAAAAAAAGCAGACUCCGCUAAAUUAUGUACAUGUGAUGAAAUUCGAGCUGAAAGGCUUCGCUUUGUAUCAGAUAACGGUCUUUGUAUCGCCUGUGGGGGUGACACCCGAAACCUAUUACCAAAAAAGAAAGUUUUUAAAACUUCGAGCAAUGAAGAGCUGGCCAGUAGCACAAGUUCAAGCAUGAGUGACAUUUAUACCAGCAUUCCAGACAUGCCCAACGCCCUCACCAAAAGACGCCGUUCUUCGGAUAUUACGCCAUUCACAUCUUCAUACCAGCUUACGUCUGACCAUCCAAAACAAGAUUAUCCGAUUUCCGUUAACUUCCUAAACUUUGCACAAAAAUCAUCGGCCAGCACUAACACACCGGGCACGCAGAAAACAGUAGAACAGAUGAAUUCAACUAAUUCUUCUAAACCUGCCAAAAGUGAUUCUUCCGACCCAUUAAUCAGUUUUUUCUUUGACGACGAACAAUUUAACUCCCACCCAAUGGUAACCAAUCAGCUACCAGUUCCUAUGACACCAGCUACAAACGUUGACCUCCUGGCAUCUAAUAACCCCGUCAACUUUUCCCCCACCCAAACUCAACCUGUAGGACAAAACUUCUUUUACCCACAAUCCAGUUACCCAGCACAAAUAUUGUCAGUUGUCCCUUACCCCAGUCCAUAUCCAGUGAUUAAUGGCAUGACGAAAACCAGUAUGAAUUUCCCACUUUCCCCAAACACAUAUCCCAAUAACUUUACCUGGGGCCCUGCUAAUAUUGGAUACAACGUACAAUACAAUCAGCAGUUGAGUUAUCCACAUCAAGACUACAUGACCAUGAAAGCCACUAAAGACAGUGUCAACGUAGCACAGCUGUCACAAGUCACGGCAAACUUAACAACACUCAACCUUCACGGUGAUAAAGGUGAUUACGUAAGUCCGUCUGGAUUAGCUGCUGCAAGAAUUAAUGAUAACAAUGGCCUGAUGAAUUAGACAAGAUAAUUACUUCUUGGUAAUGGCAUCACUGUUACGGAUUAAUUAAAGUCUUUCAAAUUGAACUAAGAAAUAAUUUAUUUGCAUAUUACUGUUUUGUAUACUUUGUUCUGUAAAUACAUAGUUUAUUGUUAUUCAUGCAAUUAUUUUGUAAAACAGGCCCUUUAUUUAUUUUUUGUUAAAAAGCAAAACACAACUGACAUUUUCAUUAUCAGUAUAUCAUCUAUCUUGCAUAUUAAUCA